GUGCUUUCCCUCAGUGGUUGAAAUGAGUACCUUUGGGCCUUCUGGAGAGAAGAUCCAUAUAUGGAGGACUUCAAUAAAAGAGAUCAACCAUUCAUGACAAUUCAGAAAAAUGAUAGCUCAGAUAAUCUGGUAUUCCAUAUGAAAAAUGGAAUGAGAAACAUCAAGUAUAAACCAGUAGACUAUCAACAGUUGCAUGCAUUAACAGAAGCAAAAAAAUUAGCUUCUGCCUCUACAGAGCUAAAGAUCAGGAAAGCAGUGGAGACUUCAAAGAUAUCUAAGGAAAAAACACUACUAAAACAACACAAGCAAGUGUGGUGGCAGGAACACCAACGGCUAACUGAUGUCAGAUGUAAAGUGGAAUCUGAAAUAAAAUCCUUUCUCAGUGAAGAAAACAUUGGAAAUGAAUGUCUUUCUGACCUUCUAAAUUUUGAACAAGAGUUAUCAGAACAAUGGUGCACAUAUCUUAAGAAUGUGAUAAGUCCUAUUCAGCAAUUGAGAGCAGAUCUAAAAUACAGACAGCAUCACAUUUCACAGUAUUCAUGCUCACAUAUUGAGCUUAACUCGGUGAAAGUACUGGAAGAGAUUGACUUCGUGAAGAAACAAUUGAAAGCUGUCUUCGAAAGUCUUAGUCUGGAGCAACAGAAAAUAGAAAAUUAUCUUUCAGACUGGAGUAUGAAGUUACUAGAUUAUUCUUCAGAAGAAAGAAGUAACCUGCUUAGUGAACUGCCUGUGGAAUUAGAAAAUUUGGAAUGCCCAUUCCCUGAUUUAAAAUCUUCAAUUCUUCAUGAGUUCUGUAACUUUACAGAGAAUUAUCAAAAGAAACUUCAAGACGUUGAUCUGCAGUUAGAAGAUAUAUCCAGAAACUUCCAGUUAAGUGAAGAAGACCACUGGAUUUACCAGGCUGUUUUGGAUCAGUAUCCUGGAGAGCUCUGUAACAGAAGAACUCUAUAUCUGAACAUGUUACAAAGAUAUUUUCCUCACAGAUCUAGGCAUGAUUUGGUGGAACAUGAGAAAUAUUGUGAUCAAUAUCGCUUUGCCAGGGAGCAGCGAAGGAUCCUGAUAUCAAAUUGGAAUAAGAACAGGAGAGACUUUAUCCAGAAGGCUGUGCUGACCCUCACUGAGGCCUGUGCAACACAUGCAAUGGAGGACACGUUGGCUAAGGACAGGAGAAAGCAGCAGGAACUGUGUGCACAUCUGAAAGCCAAGGUUCUUCAAUGGCGAGCCCACCAGGAAGAGGUAGCACGAUUGGAAAUGGAAAUUUCUGCCAGAAGAAGAGAAAUGGAGAAGGAGAAAGAGAAACUUUGGAAGGAGAAGGAAUUGUUACAAAGAGCAGAGAAGAAAAAGAAAAUAAGAAAAUACUGGGCUAAAAAAGAACAGAAAUGGCAAGAAAUGGAAAUAAGAGAUCUUCAGCGUCUGGAAGAACUGAAGAAAUUAAUGGCUGAACAGUCCGUGAAAGACAGAGAAAGGGUUAAAUAUAGACAAGAAUUACUGGAAAAGCGUUUGAUGGAGAAAAAAGAAGUGGCCCUUCGAGACGCUCAUGAAGAAGAGGAAAGAGAGAGACGUCUAGAAGCCCUUAGGAAACAGGUUGCUAUUGUCGCUCAGUUUGAUCCCGUUAGAAUGAUGUCAGAUACAAUGGCAUCGAAAGCAAGGAUGGGUAUUGGAAUUGAAGAAGAAUAUAUUCUUCAAAAGCCACUCUUUACAUUGAAUACAUACAAUGAAUACCAGAUAAUUUCUGACCCUAGACUCCGUUUUGAGUUAGCGCUUCGAGAAGCUGGACUUCAUAAAACAUUUUAUGCCAAAGAGAUCUUACCAAAAAUCAGUCCUCAAAAACCUCCAAGAAAGGACAUGGAGUCUACUGUAUUUAAAAUAUAGUUCAUCUGCAAAUCCUAUUAUAUAGAGAGAAUCUCAAGCAAACUCUCCAUUGAGAACAGAGCCCACUGCAAGGCUUGAUCCCACAGCUCUCAGAUCAUAAUAUGAGCCUAAAUCAAGAGAUUAUGCUGAGUGAAAUAAGU